UACACAUUAAUUGUUUGAGCUUCGAUCUAUAUGGCUGAUUUUUCAGACUACUUUCUUCUUCUCUCUCUCUUGUUAACCUCCUUCCUCUUUGUUCGAGUUCUCUUCACUCGAACCCACCCCGACAAGCUUCGUCGUCCGCCGAGCCCACUAUCCUUGCCGGUGAUUGGCCACCUCCACCUCCUUGGUCAAAUCCCUCACCAAGCUCUUUACAAAUUGUCAUGUCAAUAUGGACCAUUAAUACAUCUCUUUUUUGGCUCUAAGCCUUGUGUUAUUGUCUCUGAUUCAGAAAUGGCUAAACAAUUCCUCAAAACUAAUGAAUCCUCCUUUUUGAACCGACCCAUUAGACUCAACAUAAACUAUCUCACUUACGGCUCUAAGGACUUCACUUUUGCACCCUAUGGACCCUAUUGGAAGUUCUUGAAAAAGUUGUGCAUGACGGAGCUUCUUAGUAGUCGGACUCUCGAUCUUUUCCAUCCGAUAAGGGAUGAGGAAAUGAGAUUGUUUGUGCAAAGGAUUCAUGAACAAGCUAUCGUAGGAGGGACGGUUGAUGUUGGAGCUGAGCUUUCAAGGUUGAUGAACAACAUAAUAUCGAGAAUGGUGUUGAGGAAAAGAUGUACGGAGAAGGACAAUGGAUCAGAAGAGGUCGGGAAGCUGGUGGGGGAGAUGUGCGAGCUCGCCGGAGCACUGAACGUGGCUGAUAUGAUUUGGUUUUGCAAGAGAUUGGAUCUCCAAGGAUUUGGAAGAAGGGUAAGAAAUGUGAGAAAGAGGUAUGAUAUAAUGAUGGAGAAGAUAAUAAAUGAGCAUGAAGAAGAGAGGAAGAGAAAAAAGGAGGAUGGUGAAGAUGAUGGAGUUAAGGAUUUGCUUGAUAUUUUACUUGACAUUUAUGAAGAUCAAAGCUCAGAAAUCAAACUCACAAGAGACAAUAUUAAGGCUUUUGUUAUGAACAUAUUCGGCGCCGGAACUGAAACAUCAGCGGCGGCCACAGAGUGGGCAUUAGCAGAGCUAAUCAACAACCCAUCCGCCAUGGCCAAAGCAACUCAAGAACUCCACUCCGUCACAGGAAAUAAUACCCGCCUCCUUCUCGAAUCCGAUCUCUCCAAACUCCCCUAUCUCCAAGCCGUCGUCAAAGAAACCCUCCGCCUCCACCCAACCGCGCCGCUCAUCGUCCGGGAGGCCACCGAGCCAUGCGACGUUGCCGGCUACCACAUUCCAGCCAAGACCCGCCUGCUUGUCAACGUUUGGGGCAUAGCCCGCGAUCCGGCCCGUUGGCUUGAACCGACCCAGUUCGACCCCGAACGGUUCUUGAACCGCCCGUCCGGUUCUGACCAACAGAGCUUUGAUCUUAUGCCAUUUGGGAGUGGGCGCCGGAGCUGCCCUGGCGCCGCCCUGGCCCUGGUUGCGAUGCCGAUGGUUCUCGGGAGGUUGAUUCAGUGCUUUGAGUGGAGGGUUGAUGGCGGCGACAGCGUUGAUAUGGAAGAAGGGCCUGGAAUUUCUCUUCGACGAGCUCGUCCUUUGAUUCUAAUCCCUGUGCCUAAGCUUCAUCUUUUCCCUUCCAUAUAAAGUUUAAGUUGUUGACGCGGACGAAUAUAUAUAAUAAGCAUGAAAUUCUAUCUUCAGCUGAUAAUAAUCCAUGACAAUGUGUAAUCAUAACAUUAAUUUCUGUU